AUGAGGACAGGCCAGAUCCCGAAGGAAGAUUGGAAGAAGGUGGAUGCUGUUCUCCGAAGGGAAAUCAAGUCAACUCUCUACCUCCCGGAGAAUGCAGCCAACGGAUUCCUGUAUGGUAGCAGAGCGUCGGGUUGCUGUGCGUUGCCGCUUGCCAGCGAGGAUGCGGACCUGUACCUCCUGGAUACUGCAUGCAAGCUCCUGACUUCGAAGGAUGCCGCCCUUGCUUCUCUACACCACGGUCAGCCGGAGACUUCAGCGGCAAGUCACUUCGGAGGAGCUGGCAGCAUACCUGUCAGGGAGUAUGGAGGACGACUUCCGAAGAACAGGAACGCCAAUAUCUGGACGAGUGCAAGAGUGGCUUCGAGGAGACUGGGAGUUCUCUGGAAUUUUGACGAUGAAUUCCCGACACUUUCCUCUGGUGAUGUCUCCAUCACUGCUGCGUCUAGGCACAAGGUGUUAAAGUCCGUUCGUGAGAAGUUCCGGAAGCUGAGGGCCGCAGAACUGCUGGAGAGGAGAAAUCAGGGCAAGGUGAUGGAGUGUGUCGCAGCAGCCAAGGCCAGCUCACACUUCCUCUUCACCGGUGAAUAUACAAAGUUCGCCGACUGGUGGUUUAUUCACCGAGCACGCCUCAACCUUGUCCCCCUCAAUGGAGCCAAGCCCUGGGCCAGCGGAGCCGACACCGAGGGCAGGAAGGGAUGUAACCAAGCAGAAACCCUCCCUCACGUGUUGCAGUGUUGCCUUCACCACAGCAGGACCAGCCAGAACCGCCACAAUGCUGUCCUGCAGAGGGUCCUCAAGGCGGCGGGGAGCCGUGCACGGGUUCUGUCUGUCAAUUCUCAAAUUCCGGGCACGGCUCUCAGGCCGGAUGCUGUCAUCGCCAAGGGGAAUACGCUGUCAAUUGUCAAUGUCUCGAUUCCAUUCGAGAACCAACUAGCUGCUUUCGCGACCGCCAGGCAAAAGAAGCUAGAAAAAUACGAGCCACUACGUUCCCUCUUCAGCUCCAGGUUCUCUACUGUUCAAGUUGUUCCCAUCAUUGUUGGCUCCCUCGGCUGGUGGGAUCCCUCGAAUGACAACUUCCUGAAGCCUAUCUGCUCCAAAAGCUACCUCAAGACCUUCAGGAAGCUCUGCGCGAGCGACACCAUCCGGUGGUCUCGGUCUCUCUAUAUUGAGCACCUAACGGGGAACCGCCAGUACAACCCCGAGGAUGAGGUCCACAUCCAGCCCAUCCAUCUCCCGGAUGCUUGGCAGUGA